GAGGAGGAGUUAUGUCUCAGCUUUGUCUGUACUGGGGAUGUUGAUACCAGAGUGCAAUUUAAUAAUUAACAUGAUUGAAAGGCGGGGUUUUAUCAAACAAUAAUAUAAAAAAAGAAUCAGCGAAUGUUUUCAAAUGCACGAGCUCUGCAAGACAGAAAUGUAAUAACACCUAUCUGUUCUUCAAUGAGACGGCACAGACAGAGCUGCAUUUCUCCAUUUUUGCACACUAUCCAUGCUCCAGUUUUCAUAUUGACGGAUUUAGUAGUAGUACGGAACUAUCGUAACAGUGGCGACAACUCUGUAUUCUCAGCUCAUGUGUGUAAAAAGUUGCUUAUGGUUAUCCACUGAUUAUUAUUUUUUUCUUAACAUUUUAUUUUGCAACUUAAGACAACGUCGCGGAUUCACGAGCAUAUGAAGCAUGAGUACUGGUGAGAGUGACAGCAAUGCACCGGGAAGUGUGGCAGACCCCAGUAACGCUAACGAAAGUGAAAAUAAAAAGAUGGACAAAAGUAGAGUAGGAGAAGCCGAGCCACCUGAGACGCAAAAUAAAGAUGAGAACGAACACGUUGACGGCGGACGGCAACAACAACAACAACACCGAGGCGAUGUGGAGCGGCCUGAGAUUAUACAGGGUCAGCAACUUGACACAGAAAAAUAUAAUGUCCAGGGGACGGGGGGAAAUAAAAAAGACGUAUCCACGAUAGGGGGAAUGACUGCGCAGCUAAUUGAGACAAGUUCCCCUGAAAUAAUCUCAACCGCCACACUCUCGGAACACGAACCUCCACCUGGAGGACCCAUGGCUCGGUUCGAGCCACCGGAGGGAGGGUUCGGCUGGCUCGUUGUCUUCGCUGCAACGUGGUGCAAUGGGUCGAUAUUUGGCAUACAAAACUCUUUCGGCAUUUUGCAUGUGAUGCUAGUGGAAGACAUUCAAAACCCAAACGACAAGACCCUGCAGUUUAAAGCAGCCUGGGUGGGUGCUCUGGCCAUGGGGAUGAUCUUCUUCUGCUCUCCCAUCGUCAGCAUGUUCACAGACCACUUUGGCUGCAGGAAGACCGCCGUGGGCGGGGCGUUCGUGGCUUUCAUCGGGCUUCUCACCACCUCCGUCACAAAUUCUCUGGGAAUGCGCUACUUCACCUACGGGAUCCUGUUUGGCUGUGGCUCCUCCUUCGCUUUCCAGCCCACUCUGGUCAUCCUGGGACAUUACUUCCGCAGGCGACUGGGGCUGGCCAACGGCAUGGUGACGGCCGGCAGCAGCGUUUUCUCCAUGGCCCUGCCGCUGCUGCUGAAGGUGGUGGGGCCGCUGGGUCUCAGCUACACCUUCCAGAUCCUCAGCGCCUUCAUGCUGGUCCAGGCCUUCCUAGCGUUGACCUUCCAGCCCCUGCUUCCCACCGCACACAGCUCACCCCACGCUGAGGGAGAAGGGGGGAGUAGGUGGCAGAGGGGCCUGCCACAAAUGCGCAAGUUCUUUAACCUGAGGGUUUUCCGCGUGACCACAUACAGAGUGUGGGCGUUCGGAGUGGCCACAGCGGUACUGGGAUAUUUUGUGCCAUACAUUCAUUUGGUGAACUACGUGAAGGAAGAAUUUAAAGAAACUGAGAAAGAAUGGAUUCUCUUGGUCUGCAUCGGGGCAUCGUCAGGGGUUGGCCGUUUGGUUUUUGGGAAAAUAGGAGACCUCAUACCGGGAGUGAAGAAGAUUUACAUGCAGGUGGCCUCGUUCCUGCUGCUGGGACUCAUGUCCAUGAUGAUCCCGCAGUGCUGUGUGUUUGAGGGCGUCGUCGUGGUCUGCAUCUUCCUGGGGCUGUGUGACGGCUGCUUUAUCACCAUCAUGGCCCCCAUCGCCUUCGAGCUGGUCGGGCCCAUGCAGGCCUCCCAGGCCAUCGGCUACCUGCUGGGGCUCAUGGCAAUCCCCAUGAUAGCCGGGCCGCCCAUAGCAGGGAUUCUUCAUGGUUAUUUUGGCAACUACUACGUAGCUUUUUACCUGGCUGGUGUGCCCCCAAUUAUUGGUGGCACGGUUCUGUUCUUCGUCCCUCUUAUCCAUCGUUGGAACCAGCGCUGCCAGCAGCAGGAGGAUCACUGCAACGAUAAGAUGCUUCCUUCAGAGAACAACGCUGUGAACGGGGAUCUCCUGCCGGGAUUCACAGAUGUCGAGACACACGUCUAGAGGUUUGCGACAAACGAAGGUACCCUUUUAAAAACAGAAUGGCAAAUGGGACAGCACACCAGAACAUGGGCCAGUUCAUUCAACCCCCCUUUGUUUCGGAUUCGGUGAAACUGCUGCUACCUCUUUCUAAACUCUGCACACAGGUUCCAACAUUUCCUUUGUGGUUGUUGUUUUUUCCUAUUGUUCCCCAGCAGUGCCUGUGCUUUUACACCUCUAAGUUUACAAGGCUGCCCCUGUAUUUCUCAUAACCAGUUUUACACUAUUACUCUUCACCCCAAUGGAAUUCUCGAGGGCAGCACGAAGUAGACCUGCAUUGUUUUAAAAUCGUUUUAAAAGAAUUGUGUCCUGGUUGCAACACCCACUUCAACCACUGGGGGCUCCAGGGUAAAAUGAGUCCUGUAAUCUCCUAAUUCACAUGACUUCACCUUAUUCUGAAUAUAUAGGGGGCACGAAAUGGAGUAGAGCAAAUUUGAACACCAAGCUAAUGGAUUUCAUAAAGGGUCAGAAAUCUUUUCCCCCCAAUAACGAGAACAGGAAAAUGUUGCAGAUUUUUUUUACACCAUUUGGUCUAAUUCACUUGUCCUGUCUAACCAAAAGGUGUUAUGGGUAGUUACAAAGUUACACAGGGACUAAACAGCAAAAGUAUAUGUUACAGAGCACAGAAACAUGACACAUCCUCUUAUGGGUUUGUUAUACAAGAGCGUUUGCAGUUAUGCUGCAAUUCAUUGUUUCCAGCAUCCUGCUCAGAAUACAUGAUGUAAUUGAAGCACAUGGAAAUCCCAAUGAACAGUAUGGAUGUAAACCUGUAAUUGAUGGGAAACAGCACCCCUUACGGGUCACAGUAGAAACUGUCACAAUGUGGAGUGCAUCAUGUGGCAACUCCACUGUACCUACCAUAUUUCAGAGCUCUGUGAAUAAUACCUCCCCAAUUGGCUUUCUAAUCCCCCUGCAGACGAAUGCAUGUAAUCAGUUAUAUUGUAAAGAGGCAUUAUUUUGUAAGUCAUGUGAAAGACGAUAUUGGUUGCCCACCAGUUUUGUUUUGCCUUGACUCCUGCCAUUGACUUCUGUUUUGGAAAGGAUUCUAUCCACCAGCACUAUGGUCAUACAGCAUUGUGUUUUGCACAGGGAAAGCAGAGCAGGAUAAAGUUUCUCUGUUUAAAUUGAAAAGGCACCGCUGCCAAGUAUGGACUCAGGAAUGCUGAACAGUAAGCAAGGAGUGUUUUUUUUUUUUUGUCUUUUUAAAAAGAGUUUGAACACGGGACAUGAUAUGAUUGGGAUUCAAGGUCUUGCAAGAAAACUAUUCACGACCAACGGCUGCUAUUAAUGUAGCAUUGUGUGCAUGCAGCACACCUAAUGAGACAGAAAGCCAGGAGAGUUUGCAGGCAUGUGUGAAUGGCAAUGUUCUGCUUGAAUAAUGCCUGUCUUCACCCUAGAAGGGAAUCUCACUGGAUUACUGUGCAGAUCAUCUACGGGUGGCUCUCUUCUAUAAACGGCUGUAAUUCUGUAAUGCACCUUUUUCCAUUUCUCAACUAAAGCUAAUAUCCUGCAGGUGAUACUUUUAUGUUACAAGGGUGUAUCCAUCAAUCUAAACUAUAUUACCAACAGUGAGUAAACAGUGGCCUGUUGUAUUCUCAAUACUAGUAGAAUUGACCCAUUAUAUCCAAUUAAAUAUGCGGCUGUUAUUGAGAUUUAAGUCUAAUGCCUCAGUACUACUCCUAAUCACCCUGCUCACAAUGCAUUCUUUAAGAAAUCUCCAGCACAUCAUUUAAAUGUGACAUUGAUCUGGAGUACUCGUAUGCCGAUGCAAACUUUUUAAUUCUAAAGAAAAGAUCAGUCAGUCAGUUAUCAGUCUUCUCAUCACUCAUCGAUCAUCUGUUGGAAUCUUUGAUAUUAUUUCAAUACAACGGUUGUAUUGCUUUUUUAAUUUUUAAUUUUUUUUUUAAUGUACAUUGUGUGAAGUGUUACAGUUUUUACUAAUUGUGCAUUCUGUAUGCACCAAUACCAUUUGCCCAGUGUUACAAUAGGUUGCCUCAGAUUUGAAGUAAUCCGUUUUCUCAGCAAAGCAACCCCUUGCUCACUAAAUAUCUCAGGACCCCACAACAUAUAGCUGACUGCUCCAAUUAUAAUGAGGAAACUGUCCCGCAAGUGCAGUGGUACCCCAAAUAUUAUCAAGUUGGUACCAAUGCACAACAACUGGAUGGGUAUUUUUUUAUCAAAAAAAAAAAAGUGUUUCUGUAUCUGUUUCUGUACUUUAAGAAGCUUGAUGAGGUAUUAAAUAUCCAAGAUAUCUAAGCUAAUAUAUUCUUGUUUAGUCACCACGUACUGGCCACUUUUUUUUUUAAAACUGCACUGGGGAAGAGUGAUGCUAGGGACAGGUUAAUGGUUACCAGAUAUAGUUGGAGGUUAGACAUGAGCUCUAUUGAGGCCGUGAUACAAAGUGAAUGUGAUACAAAGUGAAUCUAAACAAGAAGAAUACAUUUGUUAAGAUCACUGUGAUAUUUCUGACAGUACCAAGCUGCACUUCAAGACUGGGGCCAUAGUGAAUGUGGCAGCAGCCUUGGCACUCAUCAUUGUACAAUCCCAGGUUUGGUGAGUAGUGUAGCAUUGCUGGGGUGUAUCUCAUACACUGUUACAUUCAUAUUCUACUAUUAUUACUACAAACUCAUUAGAGAACCCAGCCAACUGAUUUCACCACAGAUCACUGUGAAGUGCCAUUGAUAUCAUAAACCUCACUGUUCAGAUGACGCCAUUUGUUACAUUGACCAAUUGAGCCAGUCCUUCUCUAGUGCUUGUGUAUGAACUCAUCUCCACGUCUUUGUAGGGCUUUGUCGAUAUAGAGUCUCGUCUGGGACAUUGUGAUGUACCACAAUGUUCUAGAAAUGUGUCCUUUUUUGUGCCAAAGUAGAUUUUAUGUGUUUUUAGUUAACUUGCAUUAUGAAAACAGAAUAUUUAACAAGAUAGUAUAUUUAAUUAUACUGACAAAAAUACUAAGUGGUUCAGAAAUCACUUAUGCAACAAUAAGUGGUUAAUCAGUGAAAUGAUCGGCUGCACUAGAAACUGGAGAUUCAUUGAACACUAAUUCAGUGCUUUGGUGUUUUAAUAAUGCGCAUGUCCUCAUAUGAGGCUGUAAAGAAAGUGAAAUACUUCACUAUGAUUGGGUGAUUUAUAAUUUUUUUUAUUUUUUUUUUUAAAUAAAUUUAGUCGUCGCCAAUUAUUUUUACCCCGGUUUUCACCCCAAUUUUAGCAUGCCCAAUUAUUAUCUGUAUCCCCGGCUCACCGCUCGCAACCCCCCCGCCGACUCAGGAAACGGAGGCUGAAACACGCGUCCUCCGAAACGUGCUCCUUCCAAGCCGUCAUUUUUCGCACUGCAGAUCCACAGCAAUGCUACCAGACCUAUAGUGCCGGAGGACAACACAGAUCUGGCGGCUCCGCUGCAGAGCCACAGGCGCCCUAUCGGCCACAGGGGUCGCUGAUGCGCGGUGAGCCGUGGAUUCCCCUGCCGACCUAAGCCCUCCCUACCCGGGCAGCGCUCAGCCAAUUGUGCGCCGCCCCCUAGGAACUCUCGGUCACGGUCAGCUGUGACAUAGCCUGGAUUCGAACCAGCGAUCUCCAGGCUAUAGGGCACAUCCUGCGAGGAGCGCCUUUACUGGAUGCGCCACUCGGGAGCCCCGAUUUAUAAUGUUUACAGAUGUCAUCCCGUGCAUACAAGUCUAACCUGUACAUACACACAACCUAUGCAUGUAUGCACAUACUUGAAUUAUUACCUGCAACACACGCCUCAAUCACCUUUGUCAUCCAUCCAUGCACUGAUGCGUCAAGCAGCAAGUGUGCUAAAAAAACUUGUAUCGUUUGUCUAUAUAUUUGUGUUUUGGGAACACGCGUUUCUGUCCGAGAGGGAGGUCUAUGUUAUCACCUGCAAUAUAUAACCAUGUCUUCAUCAUUAUCUUUUAUGCAAGUUUCCAAAACCAGUUUUUGAGAAGACUUUUACUAACUGCCAAGACAAUCGCCAGAACUACUACUCUGAAAACUCACAUCACCAGCAACAGAAUAAUGUUACUGCAGAACUACUGAUGACUCUGUGUUUGUAUGUUUGUUGGUUUUUUAACCUGAUUUGUUAACUUGAGAUCUUCAGGAGUUUAUCUUGGGUUUUUAAUCACUUUUAAGAUUAUUUGAUUAAUGGCACAGGGUAAUUAAAAUAGAUUUCUAGGAUCUUUAACCUUUAAUCUGACUGAAUGUAUUCAAAUUUCUCAUCAUAGUAUAUGCAGAGGCAACUGCCUUUACUGAAAUAGUUAACCAGUAUUUUAGUCCUUAAUUCUGAUAUAAUGAACUUCUUAUUUGACUUCAUGUUUUAAGAAUUGUUGUUCUACUUCACUUUAAUGAUUGAUUAAUGAAUCGUUCACCUGUACUGAUUAAUCGAUUAGGAAAAUGGCACAAUUAAAGCCCCUAGUUUUUUAAUUAGGUGUGCUUGUUGUAUUCGUUUUUUCUUACUUUGUAAGACCUGGAGCUGAAGGAAUUGAUUUAACCGGUUGUUUUGUUUCCAGCAGCAGGAUAGUGUAUCUAACUGGGGCUCUAAAUUCACUGCAUUUCCAUGUGAGAUAACAUCACAUUGCUCAUCUAAAGAUGUUCACAAAGCGCAGAGGUUAAGAUGGCAGUAUGUCAAAAACUGCAAACUAGAACAGAUUCAUGAAAAUCAAACUAUUUAAAGAUACUGCUAGACUAAACUGCAAAUGUCUACGGCAGACAACCAACACUGAAGAGCAGCAUCUCAUAACCCACUGUAAUCCCUGUAGAUCUGCAGGAGGAUUAGGAGUAGGAAAGCAUUUUCUUUCAUAAAUACACAGACCAAACCAUUAACUGUGAGAUGAGGGAUUAUUUUUGAACAGGAGCACUUUAAAAUGUUAUUGAUCAAAGCCUUAAUAUACAGUAUAUGAUUUCUAUUUUUUAAAUGUGCACCCUUUCCCACAUCCUCCUUUGACCCAGUAACCCCCGUUGCCAAAGCUGUUGUAAACUUAGCAGUUGGGUGAAAUCAUUAAAGUCAAACAUGCUCCCAAACGGCACUAUAUACUGUUGAAGACUAGACUGAUAUUUUACAAUCACUGUAAACAUGAAAUGUGAUGCUGCUAGAUUUGUGUAAUUCUUUGUCAGUUUGAAUAGUCUGUGGAUGUAUGUAACUUUUUUCUAUGAAAACAAUAAAUGUAUAAAAAAGAA